CAUUUAUUGAAGUGGCAGUACUCUAAAACAGAAAUUUAAUUAUAUAGCCGGUUUCUAAAUAAGAAUAUAAGUAAGUUAUAGUUAACUUAAACGAGCUAGCUUACAUCGUUAGCCCAAUAAGCUAACUGGAGCUACAAUAAUUUCAAUUAUUAUCAUAAUAAUGUCUGUAAUAUCAAUUCCAUAUUUUGUUUUUAUCUUUAAAGGACCCCAUAGCGAGUUUCCAAAAAUAAUUUUUGUCUGACUUGCAGUUUAGCUGUUUUAAGAAGCCAUGGUGUUCUUUAAGCAUCAGUAGUAGUAAGCUAUUUUCAGUGAAAAAGCUCUAAAAACCCACAUUAUACUCCCUGCCCAGCACUAAAGUGCAAGGCAGACAGCCUUGGACAGCCUGUUAAUGAGAGUGGCUCAUUUAGCAGUUAAAUGGCUCCAUAUUUCCCUAAGGAGGCAGAAAAGACAGAGGAGAAGAAGAAAAAACAUAAAACAUAAUGAAUAUUGGAUUUAUCGGGUGACUCCAAAUUACUUUAAUCUGAGUUGUCCUUGUAGAAUUAAUUAUUCAUGGCAGCAGUUCUGGAUAACCUCAGAGAAGGAGGUGUGGUUUUUGGACCUUCUGGCAUUAGUUUUGAUGAAGAAGAUGAGGAGGACUCUCCUGCAGUUUUACUGAGUGUUUUGGUCCAGCAUGGGCAGGUGGGUCUCUGCUUCUAUGACAGUCAGGACUCAUCUUUACACUACAUGCCGGACACGCCUGACAACCAAGAGCUCCACCUACUGGUCAGAGUCAUUCAGGAGGUUAGUCCCCAUGUAAUUAUCACCAGUGCAAAGCAGGAGCGCUCCAUGACUCGCUUUUUGCAACAGCUAGGUUCAAACCCACACUACAGACCAGAGGUGGUCACGUAUCCAUAUGUUGACUUUGGUCUGGAGGUCAGUAAGCAAAGGUUGCUCUCUGCCCAUCUGCCUUUCCUCCCCGCCUGCAUUUCCGAGAGAGACAAACUGUCCUACCUCUCCUCCUGUAUCUCCUUUGACUCGUCCCUGAUGCUGAGGGCAGUGGGUGCCCUGCUGAAAUGUCUGGACAGGAGGAGAGUGGGAGUGGAGUUGGAAGACAGCAGUGUUGGAGUACCCAUCCUGCAGUUUCACGCCUACACACUUAAAGGAAUGGUGUACAUUGACUCAGACACAUACAGUGUUCUGCAGAUCUUCAAAUCAGAACUCCACCCAUCAGUCUACAAGCUGCAUUCAGGAGAAAAGGAGGGACUCAGUCUCUAUGGGAUCCUGAACCGCUGCAAGUGCAAGUUUGGCUCCAAACUGUUACGUCAGUGGUUUCUGCAGCCUACACAGGACCUGAAAGUGUUAAAAAGGAGGCAGGAAGUGAUACGUUUCUUCACGUCUCCUCAGAACUCAGACUCCCUGAGAACCCUGCAGUCAUCGCUACGCAACAUCAGAAACAUACCUACUCUUCUAAGGCGGAUGACUCUCUCUCUCACCAAAGUUACUGACUGGCAGAGCCUCUACAAGACGGUGUACAGUGCAGUGUGUAUCAGGGACACAGCGCGUCACCUGCCUCAGUCCAUUCAGCUGUUUCGUGAUAUCAGUGAAGGGUUCUCUGAUGAUCUCAACUAUAUCACCUCCCUCAUCAGCAGAGUUGUGGAUUUUGAAGCCAGCUUGGCAGACAACCGCUUCACAGUCAAACCGAAUGUGGAUCCUGCCAUUGAUGAGAAGAAGAGGAGGAUGAUGGGGCUGUCUGACUUCCUGACGGAUGUUGCCAGAAGAGAACUUGAACACCUGGAUGCUCGAAUCCCAUCCUGCUGUGUCAUCUACAUCCCUGUGGUCCAAGAUUUAAUUCUGAUUGGAUUCUUGCUGUCUGUGCCUCGACUGCCUAAUAUGGUAGAGAAAAAGGAUUUUGAGAUGGAGGGACUUGAUUUUUUGUUUCUUUCAGACAACCGGCUCCACUACCGCAGCCAGAGAACCAGGGAGCUCAACGAGUUCCUCGGAGACUUGCACUGCGACAUUAGAGACAUGGAGAUGGCAGUCAUGGCACAUUUGCAGAGCGCAGUCCUUGAAAGGAGCGAUUCCCUCUUUAAGGUUCUUGAUCUCGCUGCUGAGCUAGACUGUCUGAUGGCGAUGAGCAGCGCCUCCCAGGAGUACAAUUACACCUCGCCCAAGCUAGCCAGCAACAGGAAGAUAACGAUCACACAGGGCAGGCACCCACUGUUGGAGCUGUGCUCUCCUGUGUUUGUGGCCAACUCCUUCCACAGCUCUGAGUCUGAGGGCAGAGUCAAAAUAAUCACCGGACCCAACUCAUCCGGAAAGAGCAUCUACCUCAAACAGGUGGGUCUGAUUGUGUUCAUGGCUCUGAUUGGCUCAGACGUGCCUGCAAAGGAGGCAGAGAUUGGUCUAGUGGACGGGAUCUUUACGUGCAUGCAGAGCAGAGAGUCCGUGUCUGUGGGCCUUAGCACCUUCAUGAUAGACCUCAACCAGAUGGCACAGGCUCUUAACAGCAGUACUGGCAACUCGCUAGUCCUCAUCGAUGAAUUCGGAAAAGGAACUAACACAGUGGACGGACUGUCCUUGCUGGCUGCAUCGAUCUCUUACUGGCUGGGGAAGGCCCUGGGGGAUGUUCCUCACGUUCUGGUGGCUACUAACUUCCACAGUGUGGUGCAGCUGAGUUUGUUACCAUCCUCGGCCCUGCUGUCUCUUCUGACCCUAGAGACAGCAGUGGACGGAGAUGAGUUGGUGUUUUUGUACCAACUAAAGGAAGGGAUCUGCCAGUCCAGCUAUGCUGCCAACAUUGCUACACUGGCGGGCCUGCCAACUUCCCUUGUACAGAGAGCAGUGGAGGUGUCUGAGCUGUACAGGGCAGGAAGGCCCAUUAAACGCACUGAAAAAGCAUCCUUGGAAGAAGAGACAAAGAGGUGCCAGUUUGUUGUGGAGAAGUUCCUUAGCUUGAACCUGGAGGACAAAGAUUUGGAUGUGCAGAGGUUCUUGAAGGAAGAGCUCCUGCCCUCUGCUGGAGAUCUAUUGAACCGCAGCUGAAUGCUUCAGGCUUUGCUGCAAACACGCUUCCGUUCAUUCAUUCGUAAAUGUUUUGGGUUGGUGUUGGAAGAACGCCGGGGCAAAAUACAUAGUGACACAACCUUUAUUGCAAGAAACACUGCAAAAAAACCCCAAAACAAAACAAAAAAGCAGCACAGUUUUUUAUGUUUAAGUACCAUAUUCACACUUAAAAAAUAUGAACUGUAACGCCAAAAAGGGUUUCUGUAAUAUAUAAUAAAUGAUCUUUUAUGCUAUAACCAUC